AUGGACAAGUAUGAACAGGUGAAGAAAAUUGGGAGAGGUGGAUUUGGAACAGCCAACCUCGUCAAAUCUAAAGAGGAUGGACACCAAUAUGUCAUCAAGGAGAUACAUGAUGAAAUAUCUGAAAUGUCGACUGAAGAGAGAGAGAAAGCUCAACAAGAAGUUGAAGUCCUUUCCAAGAUGAGUCAUCCCAACAUUGUCCAGUAUAAGGAGUCUUUUGAAGAGGGCGACUGUCUGUGUAUAGUGAUGGACUACUGUGAAGGUGGAGACCUCUCCAAGAAGAUCAACUCUCAGGAAGGAGAACUUUUCUCAGAAGAGCAAAUCCUGGACUGGUUUGUGCAGAUUUGUCUGGCACUAAAACACAUCCAUGAUAGAAAAAUCCUCCACAGAGACAUCAAACCAGAGAACAUAUUUUUGACUAAAGAUGGGACUAUACAGCUUGGGGACUUUGGAAUUGCAAGAGUGCUGAACAGCACUGGAGAUCUGGCAACAACAUGCAUAGGAACAAAAUGUUACUUUUCACCAGAGAUCUGUGAGAAGAAACCAUACAACAACAAAAGUGAUAUUUGGGCCCUUGGCUGUGUCCUGAAUGAAAUGUGCACUCUUAAGCCUGCAUUUGAGGUUGAACCUUGGGAGCAGCCAUAUCAGAAGAUCCUUCGUGGCUCGUACUCUCCUGUGUCUGAUCACUACUCCCAAGAACUGUGUUCCCUCUUGGCACAGCUGUUGAAACGUGACCCUGAAGAGAGACCCUCAGUCAGCAGCAUACUGAAGGAACCUUUUCUCUGCUGCAGGAUACAGAAGUUCCUCACACCGAAGAUCAUUGCUGAGGAAUUUGGCCAUGCUUUUCUUCACAGGGCAGCCCUUUUCAACUUUCUCUCCAAACUUGGACUGGAGAAAUUUUAUCCCAACAAGCUCACUCUUCGCUCUCUUUUGGAAAUCAACAAAAACAGUAUUUAUGAUGAAACUGUUGAAUCACUUGAGAAAAUACCAUGGUGCUUUCUCAGGAAACUCUUUCAAAUCAGCGCAGAAUGCAGAAACUUUACACAAGUAUCAAACAAUGAUGAGGAGAACAGUGAUCUGUUUGACUUUGACCUGCUCACUGCAGAUGACUCUGAUGACAACAAGGUUAACCCUCUCGACCUCAUAGUUGCACUCUUUCUUUGUGCUGACAGCUUCUUGCAACAGGAAAUUACCCUCAAGAUGUCAAUGUGUCAGUUUUCUGUCCCACUGCUGUUGCCUCAUGGCAAUAACAGUCAGUCUACUCUGAUGCUGUGGGCUCUGAGAGACAUCGUCAAAGAGUGGCGUCCAAAGGAUUUGUCUGAAUCAAGAGGAUUUGUUGAAGAUAGCAUUGUCCAAGCAAAUAUACCAUUCUUUACCUUUGUCAGGCUGAAAAACUGUAGUCUCUCCAAGUCACAGGUGUUGAAUCAUGUUCUCAGUCGUGGCCAACAGAAUCACAACAUGUUCAUACACAGAGAUAUGAAAGGAGGAAGACUUAAAAGAGAAAUAGCCAAUGGUUUGGUCGAGGUUUGCUGGUGCCUUCCCUGUGGCAGAGAAAAUCUUGACAUAUUUCCAGGACCAGUUGCCUUUGCCAAUCUGAGAGGAGACAUUUAUGAGUCACUGGCAGAAUUCAAAUUGCUUUUUCAAGUGUCAACUGCUACCUUUGUGUUUCUGGACAAAGUUGAAGAAAAUGAGCUCAAGAUUCUGACUUCUCUUCAAGAUGUGAAAUCCAAAAUCUUCUUGGUUGUUAAUUUCAAGGACAAUUCUACAGAGGACAUGAUGUCUGUCAAGAAAAUACUUAAAGAAUUAAAGCUUUCAAAGAGCAGUGUGGAAAUUAAAAACUCAAUCACAAAUGUUGCAGAGUUUUCAGAGAAACUUUGUGUAGCCAUCAAGACUUCACUGCCAGAUGUAACACACACACUGAACAUUGUCAGUAUGGUUGGAAAAGCUGUUGAGCUUGGUCUAUCUGUCGAUGAAACCACAAGUGAGGAACAAAAGAAAACAGUUGAAGAGAUCAUGGUCGACAUUGAGGGGCAGAGUAUACCAGACUACAAAAAGCGACAUCUUCCUUUGCAGGGAGAUAACUGGAAAAGAUUGUCACAGUUAGAGAAGGAGGAAUGUAGAUUGAAAACUGGCGACUCAGGCCUUGAAGAGUAUAAAUGCCAGCUACAGGAAGAAAAAAAUAAAAUGAGUGAGGAGCAACGAAAACAAAAACUGUCUAAAGGAAUGCAGAGUUUCAUUAAAACCGUAUCCACAAGUGACAAAGAGAAAAGAGAUUUUUUUCUUAAGUGGAUGAAACUCAAACUUAAUGCACAUUCACAGAGCAAACUGACUGGUCUGCGCAACAAGUUCAAAGAGCAGUGUGAGAAAAAAGACAUCAAACUCAUUGAAAAGUUAGAUAAAGAUUUGAUGGAAAGCUCUUUAGGAGUAGAGCAUUACAUGAGAGAGAUGGGACUCAUCUAUGAGUUCUCAGUUAAUGGCUCAAGAAACACUGCUGAUGAAAUAUCUCGUCUCCCUGGUUUGGCUGCUGAAAUGCUGUUGGAUGGAUUUCCUUUAGAGAUCUUGGAUGGAGAUGCUUCCAAUAUCCCAGAGAGAUGGGUGACAGAUGUGCUGAUGGAGCUUCACAAGAAGGUUGGAGAACAGAGCAGACUGUUAGUACUGACUGUGCUGGGUGUUCAAAGUACAGGGAAGUCAACACUCCUCAACACCAUGUUUGGUGUGCAGUUUCCUGUCAGCAGCGGCAGAUGCACAAGAGGAGCUUAUAUGCUCUUCCUCAAAGUUGGAGAAGAUAUGAAACAUGAGUUGAACUAUGAUUUUAUAGUUCUCAUCGACACAGAGGGUCUAAAGUCUCCACAUUUGGCCCAACUUGAAGACAGUUGUGAGCAUGACAACCAGAUGGCAACCUUUGUGAUUGGUUUAAGUGAUGUCACCAUUAUUAACAUUGCAAUGGAGAACUCAACUGAAAUGAAAGAUGUUCUGCAAAUUGCAGUUCAUGCCUUCUUAAGAAUGAAGGAAAUUGGGAGAAAGCCAAUUUGUCAUUUUGUGCAUCAAAAUGUUUCUGGAGUUUCAGCUCAUGAAAAGACAAUAACAGACAGAAAGCAUCUUCUGGAUCAGCUCAAUCAAAUGACACAAAUUGCUGCUGAUAUGGAAAAGAAGCCUUCCAUUAAAGCAUUUACAGAUGUGCUGGACUAUGACAUGGACAAAAACAACUGGAACAUCCCAGGACUCUGGCAUGGAACCCCUCCGAUGGCACCAGUGAACACAGGUUACAGUAAAGCUGUAGCAGAUUUAAAGAGAAACCUUUUGGUGAAAACAAACAGAAGCAAUGAAGUCUCACAGAUCCCAGAGUUUCUAGAAUGGAUGAAAAGUCUCUGGAAAGCUGUGAAAUAUGAGAACUUCAUAUUUAGUUUCAGAAACACUCUUGUGGCUCAGGCCUACGACAAGCUUUGUAAAGAGUUCAGUCAAUGGGAAUGGCAGCUCAGAAAAGAAAUCCUCUCCUGGCAACAAGAAGCAGAGUUGGAAAUCUUGAAUUCUGACAAUGAAUCUCAUUUUCAAACUUGGCGCACACUGGUUGAUUCAAAAAAAUUAGAGUUCUCUGAAAAAAUAGCAUCUGAACAAAAAAAAAUGAGAGAGAAACUUAAAAACUACUACAAGAUGAAAGACCAGCACAUCAAUCUGAUAGAAAAAUACAAAACUGACUUUUUCAACAACAUCAGUCAUCUUGCUGAGGAAAUCAAAUAUUCAGCAAACAGUAAAUUGGACUGUGUUCUUGAGCUAAAAAUUAACUCAAAAAAGGCUCAAGACAUUCAGAGCGAAUACAGAGGCAGGAUUGAAGAAGAAGUCAUGAAGCUCCUGAGUGCUUGUAAAGGCUCCACACUGACUGAUGAACAGCUGACAGACGAGUUUGAAAAGAUGUGGACUGAAGCAACUAAAAAUGUGUCUGGCCUGAAAGAACAAGAUAUCGCAGUAAGCAUUCUCAACCAGUUGAGAAAACAUUUCUCAAACUGGACUGUAAAUGAGGAAUUCCAAAAGAUUAAAGAUCUCAAGGAAAUUGGGAAGGAUAAAUUUAAAACCAAACAUAGUCAUAUAGACUCCUAUGUGGAGAAGUUAAAACGUUUGAUAUGUGCAGAAUUGCAAGCCUUUGCUGACAGUGUCAUUGAGUCUUGCACACGGUUUGUGCUUGAUAAAGCAAAGUCAAACACAGAUUACCAAGACUCUUUUACAAGAGAUCUUCUUGAAAAAAUUAAUGAAUCACUCGAUCAAAGCUACAAGAAUCACAAAACAAAUGCAAAGUUUGAGUUUGACCUGCAACUUCACAUUUGUGGCAUUGCCUCAAGGGAAUUCCUCAAAAUGCACCAAAAAUUCUUGUCAGAUAAAGAUCCUCGGACUCAGCUGGAGAAAAAGAAGUCUCAAUACCUGAUAGAUUUUCUUGACUUGUACAAAGAUAAAGAUGAUUGUCAGCGCAAAGCAGAUACUUUUGUCCAGUCUUGCAUCAAACCUGCUGUGGAAGAGUUCAUCAAUAGAUCUUUGGGAAUACACAUUGUGGAUACAAUUAAAGGUUCUCAUUCAGAAGUGUACAGCUCCCGCUCCUCUUUCCAGUACAACAUUCAGGAAGAGUUACUGCAAAAGGAUGACUUCAAGAGUUUUGUCAAGUACAUUAAUAAGUAUGAAAUAUAUGUUAAGGAUUGGAUACUUCAGCAAAUUGAGAAACAAAUGUCAAAGGACAAAACUUUGUGCAACCUGAAGAACAAUAACUUUCAAGUCAUACUUGACAAAAUCACAGCAGCAUUAGAGCAGGCCACAAAAAGACCAGAUGGUGUUCAACUGCCAGACAACAAUGAAAGCAUCACAGAGCUCAUCAGCAACAUGCGGAAAUAUUUGAUUGAAGACAUCUCAAUCUCAGAGGAGGAUGAAAAAACCGCCUUGUUUCAAAUCAGAAGCACAUGUCAUCCAUUUAUCAAUAGCCUCAAAAUAUCAAUAGAAGACUUGAAAGAACAGCUUCAGGAGGAAUUCUCAAAGUCUGAAGACAUCACUGAGACUCUGAACAAACUUCCAAUCAAACCACAGGAUGAGCUUUUCAAGCAAGUGUUUGGUUGUGGAAAGCAAUGUCCAUUUUGUAAAGUUCCCUGUGAGGCUGGAGGCAAAGGACACGAUAAGCAUCAUGCAGCUGUUCAUCGACCAAAAGGUCUUGGUAGAUAUAGGAAUGUAGAGACUGAGAAGCUGAUUGAAACACUGUGUACAACUGAUGUGAAUGGUACACGUAAAUUUAAAACCAUGGAAACAAAAUGGGAGCCUCAUCCUUACAAAAAGUAUUACACGUACUAUCCAGACUGGCUCAUUCCUCCAGAUCCCAGUAUAGAGGCAUCUGACUACUGGAAGUAUGUACUGGUACGAUACAAUGACAGAUUUGCUCAAGAAUAUGAGGCCAAACCAGCUAAUGUUCCAUGGGCCUGGAGGAGAAUCACAAAGCAACAAGCACUGAAGGGGUUAAAAGAUGCCUACACAUACAAACGUACAAAUGUUUUUGAACCACGUGGGUCGAUUUUGAAAGGAUUCAAGUCGUUGAGAAGAUGA